AUGUUUGAGAAAUUCUCGCUUCUGAUUUGGGUCCGCUUUCCUCAGAAUACUGCCGCCGUUGAUUCUAGUUCGCGUCAUUAUAUCCUGUCUCCGGCAGCUGUCACCCAUGCGACCGAGGCAGUUCAAUGGGAGCAGACGCCUGACACUUGGGGUCAGCCGGACGACAGUGCGUGGGGUCAGCAGGGUGACAGUACAUGGGGUCAACCGGUCAACAACGGUCAGAGUGCCCUUGGAUGGGACGGUAGUGUAGUUGGAUGGGGUCAGAACAGUGGGGCACAGCCUAUGUCUGAUGUUCCUGAAGCACACGUGGACUCUCAGUUCCCAAUCCCCCAACCCCACUCUAGACAGAAGAAAGAGGAGAAGGAGAUGCCAGCUCAACGGCAGUUGCGUCAGAGCCAUGAGCAUUCAGCCAUGAACCACAGCAUGCCUGGCAAAUGCAGCACAACUGUGGUGUUUGAAUGGCAGCCUGAUGAUGAGUUUGGCGGCUUUCAUCAAUGCAUCCAUCUCACAAAGGCUGAGAUACCAACAACUUGGAUGUUGUAUAGCAAAUCUACCAGGGUAUAUGAUUCGUUCCGUAACAAGUGGGACUUAUGCAAUGCCUUGGAUCCUACCAGCAUUCCCAAUGGCAAUUGGGAGGAAGAUAAUUUCCCGCCUGCAUCUGCUCCUUCUGAACCUACCCCUGCUCCCCCUCCCCCUCCACCACCCCUGUCCAGUUUCUUGAAAGACAUUGAAGCCUACUUUGGCCAUUAUGAGGUUGCACCCUCAACGCAAUACACUCGCAGUGUUGAGCAAUUUGUCUUGAUUUUGCAUUUUCAUCUCGGAUAUCACCUUGCAGCAUCCACCACUACACCCCAAGGCAGAUCGACUACAUUCGAUGAUUGGACUCGCAAGACACAGUGGACUCACUUAUGCAAACUUGUCAGCAACACCCCCACAAAUAUCACAUCAAUUCCAGACACACAGAAGCAUGUUAUCACAUGUUUUAUAGGAUACCUCAUCACCCUCCCUCAAUCUCAGUUGUCAGAUAUCCCGCCCAAUCUCUGGGAUCUAGGACCUGACUCGUCCCUGUCAGUCUCAAACGCACACAUUCGAGUUUCCUAUGUGCAACAACCCAAGCAGCAGCUCUACAUCAUCGAGUCACUGUUGUAA